AUGAAUUCCUCCUGUCCCUCUUGUACAGCUUGUGAGUGGUUCCUGGUCAUGCAGAAUGAAGGAAUGAAUUUCCUCCUCAUCCCUGCUGUUCUCCUCACUACUGUCACUCUGGUGAUAAACCCAUUACUCCUCUUCUGUAUCUUCUGGAGUCCAUCUCUCCGACAGGAAACCCGCUACCUCCUCCUGGCCAAUACACUGCUAUCGGACAUCCUCUUCCUCAUCUUUAACAUCACCAACAUUUCCUGUAAUGCACUGGGCAUGGAAAUGCACUACAUAUUCUGUGAGUUCUUAAUGGUUGCCACUGUGACUACGUAUUGCUCCUCUGUGUUAACUGUCACGCUGAUGGUCACUGACACAUUUAUGGCCAUGCGUUGGCCACUGCGCUACAGUGAAAUCCUGCCUCUGUCACGAGUAAAGAAGAUAGUUGCAUUGGUGUGGGUCAUAGCCAUGGUGUAUCCGCUCUCACUGCUGGUGGUGAUGGUAGUCAGAAAACAGGGCAAAACAGAGAACCUGAAGAUGUGUCUGGUGCUGCUCAGUCUCGCAUCCCUGGAAGAAGAUAUUGAGGUCAGCCUGCAUAUCUACUUCAGUGUGUGGGUGAUUGUCUGCGUUGUGCUGAUCCUCUACUGCUGCAUCCGUCUCUACAUGGUCACCAGGAGCUCCGGGAUAUGGCACAGUCGCUACUCACGAGCCCGGCGAACUCUGCUAGCACACACUAUGAUGUUGCUAAUAUACUUUGCACCUGGUCUGGUGUUUACAGUGGAGCUUGCACAGUUUGGGGAGUUAUCUAAGAAUGUGCACCUGGCUGUGUGGAUCAAUACAAUUAAUCUGGCUGUGCUGAUGGUUGUGCCACGUGCUUGUGCCCCCUACGUGUAUGGCCUGCGUUACCGGGAGGUCUAUGAAAUGGUUCAACUGAUGGUGUGGAAAAGAUGGCUCAGCCAGCACACCAACAAUUCACCAACACCAACAGAAACUUAA